CUACAAUAGUGUCUAUAAAAAGCUCAUUGCUCCCAUUUUCAUGAUCAUCCAAACUACUACUCAUUAAGCAUCAAUUUGGUUUAGAUAUUAUGGGCUCAUCUUUGCAUAUCUUCAUGCACUUGUUCUUUUUACUCUCCUUUCGUCAUGUUUUUGCAGCAACCAACUCUUCUUCUGCUACACAGCCACUAUGCCACAGUGAUGAGAGCUUUGCGUUGUUACAGUUCAAGCAUAGCCUUGUCAUAAACAAGUUUGCUUCUAAUUAUCCUUCUGCUUAUCAGAAGGUUAAAUCAUGGACGAUCGGAGGAGAAAGUGGUGAUUGCUGCAGCUCAUGGGAUGGUGUCGAGUGUGACAAGGAAACUGGUCAUGUGAUUGGCCUUGACCUCAGUAGCAGUUUUCUCUUUGGUUCUAUCAACUCCAAUAGCACCCUCUUUAACCUUGUUCACCUCCAGAGGCUUAACCUUGCCGACAACCACUUCAAUUAUUCUCAAGUUCCAUCUGCAAUUGGCCACCUUCUGAGGCUAACAAGUCUCAAUCUUUCUCAAGCUUUUUUUUAUGGUCAAAUCCCUUCAGAAAUCUCACAGUUGUCCAAGUUGACCUCUCUCUGUUUGAGUUACAAUCGCUACUUUCCCGACCCAAACCAUUAUCAGAAACUCUUGCAAAUUGAAAAACCGAUCCUGAUAAACCUAGUUCAGAAUUUAACCAAACUUGAAGUACUUGAUCUCAAUUAUGUGACCAUGCCUUAUGUGUUACCUGAUAAAUUGGCAAAUAUGUCUACCCUGAAAGCUCUUGGUCUUAGAGAUUGUGAGUUACAAGGUGAAUUCCCAAGAGGCAUUUUCCUGCUACCGAACCUGCGUGUUCUUCAAGCGCACUAUAAUCAACAGCUCAGCGGGCAUAUUCCUGAAUUCGACACGAGGAGUCCACUUAAGACACUGAUACUCGAUCUCUCAAGUUUCUCCGGAGAGCUGCCGAAUUCAAUCGGCAACCUCGAUUCCUUGAAUGUUUUGUCUAUUUCAGGAUGCAACUUCUCAGGGUCAAUACCAUCUUCGUUUGGUAAUCUUACACAGCUUCUUUAUGUAAACCUUUUUAACAACAGUUUCAUGAACCAGGUUCCCUCUUCCUUCGGUAAUCUUACGCAGCUCGCCUAUCUUGACCUCUCUAACAACCAUUUUACUGGCCAAAUACCUUCUUCAUUCACAAACCUAGGACAAAUCACCAAGUUAUCAUUUUUUAACAAUAAUUUCAGUGGUGACAACCUAUCAUUGCUUGGCAAGCUAACCAAACUCCAGAGUUUGAAUCUUGGAGGGAACAACUUAAAUUGUGAGAUCCCAUCUUCUUUUGCAAACCUGACCCAACUUCAUAUCCUGGGUUUCUCUUCUAAUCAAUUACCUGGUCGAAUUCCAUCUUGGCUCACGAACAUGACCCAAUUAACAGCGCUAGGCCUUUCAGAGAAUUUGUUGCAGGGUCCAAUUCCUGAGUCAAUAUCUCAACUUGUGAAUAUGGAAGUGCUGGAUCUUGCCUCAAACAACCUGAGUGGAACAAUGAAGGUGUUUCUUACGCUGACGAAACUUUAUUGGCUUCAGCUAUCGCACAACCGACUAACAUUGGACAGCAGUACUAGCUUCGUCAAUGCUACUACACUUCCAAAGUUCAAACACUUGGAAUUGGCCUCAUGCGGCUUAACUGAGUUCCCGGAGUUCUUAAGAGACCAACAUGAGUUGCGGUGGCUAUCCCUCUCGAACAACAAAAUUGAAGGGCUUGUGCCUAAAUGGAUAUGGAACAUGAGCAAAGAAACUCUCUUCGCCAUGGGCCUUUCUCAUAACUUUUUAACUGGCUUUGACCAACCUCCACUACUGCUUCCAUGGAGCAGUCUACGCUUGCUAGAUCUUGCUUCUAACAAGCUGCAAGGAUCACUCCCAAUCCCACCGUUGUCCACCUAUGCGUAUAGUGUCUCAAACAACCAACUGACAGGAGAGAUUCCGCCGUGGUUGUGCAAUGUGAGUUCUCUUUAUGCCCUUGAUUUGUCUUACAACCACCUAAGUGGCAGUAUUCCUCAAUGCGUGGGUAGCUUUUCUGAUUCUCUGUCAUUAUUGAAUCUUCAAAGCAACAACUUAUCUGGCCCAAUUCCUCAAAUAUACAAGAAUGGAAGCAAAUUAAUGAUGAUCGAUCUGAGCCGAAACCAAUUACUGGGUCCGGUUCCAAGAUCAAUGGUCAAUUGCUCACUUCUAGAGAUUCUUAACCUUGGGGACAAUCAGAUCAAUGAUACUUUUCCCUUUUGGCUAGGAAAUCUUUCUGAGUUGAAGGUUCUCAUUCUUCGAUUCAAUAGAUUUCAUGGUGCAAUACAGAACCCUGAAUCCAGUUUUGCUUUCCCCAAGUUAAAGGUAAUUGAUCUUAAUCACAAUAGGUUUACUGGUAAGUUGCCUUCAGAUUACUUCCAAACCUGGAGAGCCAUGAGAUAUGUUGAUAUCAAUCAGUCAACAUACAUGGGAACAAGCACCGUGUUGAUGGUACCGGAUUAUACUUGGAAUGAUGAUUACUAUUACUCCAUGACACUAAUGAACAAAGGUGUGCAAUUAGUGUAUGAGCAUAUCCUAGGUAUAUUUACCGCCAUUGAUCUCUCAAGUAACAAAUUGGAAGGAGACAUUUCAGAAUCUAUUGGGAUUCUCAGGGGGCUUCGCACGGUCAAUUUUUCCAACAACAAUCUUAUUGGUCACAUCCCAUCUUCCUUUGUGAAUUUAACAGUGCUUGAGUCACUGGAUCUUUCUCAAAAUAAUCUCUCUGGAGAGAUACCUCAGCAACUAACUCAACUCACUUUUCUUGAAUUCUUCAAUGUCUCUCAUAACCAUCUCACUGGGCAUAUACCAAGAGGGAAUCAAUUUGAUACCUUCGAAAAGAGUUCAUUCGAUGAAAAUGAAGGGUUGUGUGGAGACCCUUUGUCGAAGAAAUGUGGCAAUUCAGAGGCAACACCACCACCUCCAAACAUUGAAGAAGAUGAAGAUUCAAAGUUCCCAAGCAAAUUUGAUUGGCUUAUUAUAUGCAUGGGAUACGGAAGUGGAUUAAUAGUUGGGUUUGUUAUUGGGCAGACUGUGACCACAAGGAAACAUGAAUGGUUUGUGACAACUUUUGGAAGGAGGCAACAAAAACAGAGUAGGCAGAAAAGGAAGGGUCGAAGAAACUGAAAUGCCUCUCCGUAAGGAGAGCAUUACAUAUUGAAGUUACUGAGCAGGAGAGGCCCAACGAUCAGAUCAGUCCUUGGCUACUCCAUUUGUUUCUUUUUGUCUCUAGCUUUAUGUAAUUUUCAUUUUUUAUCUUUUAUCUUUGUUGUACUUUAAUUCCUUAUACAGCUUUAUUUAAUGAAAGAUAAAAAUUAAUUAUGAAAAGUAGAUAGUUUCACUAAUACCCAUAGUUGUAAAAUAGUUAGUGUUAGUGUAAUGAUAAUGACAGAGGGAAAGGAAAAAUAGAAAUAAAGGAAAAACCCGUGGAAGGAGGUGAAGAGAGAAUGAGAGGGAAAACUAAAAAAAAAAGGUGCAAGGAUAAUUAAUCUUUUGCACUCAUUAUUAAUUUUUUUUUUAUUAGUUAGGGGAUAAUAAUAGAAGAAAAUAAAAAUUUUAAGAGAUAAUAAACUCACAAGAGCAAAGAAAUAAUAAUUUUUUAGAACUAUCUAUUUGUCUGAGGCCUUAGGCACUGCCUAAAUUUCCUAUGGCUUUGUUUGGUUGGAUGGAAAUAGUAAGAAAAUAAAAUAAAAAAUGAAAAAAAAGUGAAGUGAAUAAAAAGAAAA